CGACACCUCGUUACUGCAUAUUACAUGGUAACGAAUUACAAGAUUAUCGAACUCGAAGAAUAAUUAGCGGGGAAAAUUUGUCGCGGUUAGUAAGCGUGAACGCUUUCGUUUUCUCAUGCUGGGGCGGCGCACGCGCCUGCGCCCGAGCGCCCUCAGUCGCUCCCGGCACUCCACCCGCUGACCACGCUCGGAAAAUGUACACAGAACUAGACCAUCAUGUCUCGUAAAAUAUUCCGCGCCGCGCUCUUUUACCUCCUAGUCCUAAGCCUCGAUGCGAAAAAAUCCAGGAGAGUCAAAACUACUAAACCAGAAGACGACAGCAGCCCGCAACCAAGUGUAGUUUCAUAUUCCACGUUUGGCUUUAACGAUGUUGGAUCCUAUGAUGGCUUUGUGCCCAGCUCUCCGGACUUUGCUACGUAUUUGAGCAGUAACGUUAACAACCAGGAUUCUCCUCCCCCGAGAUUGUACGGGCCGGCGUUUCCGUCGUCGUUAGAAUCGUCUGGAUUCGGUAAUGUUGAAUCACAGCCGCAAGAUGGCACCUUCAGUUCUGGUGAUGACAACAAUGCGCAGCCGAGCAUAUUGCAAUAUAGUUCAGCAUCCUAUUUCAACGCUGAUAGUAAUAAUGAUCAGGGCCAAAAUGGUUCGCCUGAGGAAAAGUACCGACGGAUAGUUGACGAAGAGAGCAAUUCGCCGGUGUAUGGAACUAAGUUGGGUGGCAAAAAUAAACAUAGAUUGUUUAACCAAUUUAAUGAAACUGCAGCAUUUGAUGUUUAUAGUAACGGAAAUUCUCAUCCUAGUGAAACAAGAUAUACACAUUUUAAGGUAACUGAUGAAACCACUCACGACACAAAACCAGCAUCAUAUGGUGAGUCGGCGAGCAGCCACCAAAACAUUUACAACUACGCUCCAACGUAUCCGCCGACCGAAGCAGAUGAAAUAAAGCCCUCAUCUAAUAACACAUAUUCCUUUAAUUUUCCCAAAGUAAUUGACUUUACCAAAUAUAAACAAUAUUAUCCCACAGCAGUAGAAAACAAAUUCCCUACUGCUACGUUUCAACCCGUAACAACUAAACAGAAAGACGUUAAACAAAACAAUAACUACGACAGUCACAAUACUAAUAAUUACGACAGUCAUAGUAAUAAUAACUACGAAAGUCACGGAAAUAAUUAUAAUUACGGAAGUCACAAUAAUAACUUCGACGUGCACAGUAGUAAUAAGAACUAUGAAAGUCAUAGUAGUAUCAGCUAUCCAUCGCAACCAUUCAAAAAUACCUAUGAAGUCAAAGAAGAAGAUCAAGAAAAUGAUCUUCCAAAACCAACUUCUUACACAAAUAAUGCUUAUUCAAACAAUUUUGUAAGUUACACUAGUCCCAAAUCCAGUUUAAAAGAUACAAAACCAGAUUAUGAUUACAAGGAUAAAGUAAAACCCACUCCGCCAUGGUCGUAUAACAAUACUAUUAAAAAUUGGAGAAACCCCGUAAAAGGCUACGAGUACUCCACUGAUUAUAGCAACAUGAGUUUUAAAUAUGAUACCAAUGUACUAGAAAAAGAAAAACAUACAAGAAAGAAACCAUUUCAUAGCUACACAGAUGAGCUUACACCCGCAAGCAGCAAUGUUGUAGAUUUAUCCGACUAUAAGUUCCCUGAAAGUGAGUACUCAAACUUUAAGAAGAUACCUGGUGUUAAAGCACAUUACGAAGACGAUGACUAUUCCAGCUUACAAACAAAAUACAAAGAUUUGUUUAAAUCUGAUGACUACAUUAAUCAAUUUAAAAACCUGUACAGUAACAAUAAUCCACCGUCAACAAGCUCUCUUUGGGGAAAUGUUUACAAAGGCCCGGAAUUCACAUCUCUGAAAUAUCCUUCAACAAAUUCUCACUUUAGUGAUGAGAUUACUAGCGAUGUAGUUCAUAUAAAACCCGGUUUAAAGAAUAAACAAAAGAAUAGAUACAGUCAUAAUAAAUACAGUGAUAGUAAACCAAGUGAAUGGUCAUUUCAAAAUAAAUACAGGCCUCAUAAAGUCAAUAAGCCUAACGAUUGGACUAAAGAUGUGUCUCUGACGAGAUUCAAGUCAGAGGAAGACUUGUUAGGUCUCAGAACUCACGAUACAUCACACCCUUCAUAUAUACCCUCGUAUAAGCCGUUUAACGAUGUAUCAGACGAAUUCGACUACAAGAAGCUCGUAGAAAAAUGGCGGCAAUCCUACCUUAAAUCAAAAUACAAGGAUUCGUUCCGCGAUUUCGAGACCUAUGCGUCAGAUGCGAAGCCCGUACAUGUACCAAUACCGAAGCCAUACGCGAUCGAAGUGCCACGGCCGGUGAUCGUGCCGGUACCGGAGCCAUACCCGGUCCGGGUGCCGAUACCCAAGCCUGUAGCCGUGCCGGUAAUCAAAGAGCUCAACGUGCGGAUCGAGAAACCCGUACCCUACCCGGUCUAUAAAAAGGUCCCAUACCCGGUGGAAAAACCUGUACCCGUGCCUGUUGAAAAGCAGGUACACGUUCCAGUGGUGAAGCCAUAUCCAGUGCCCGUGCCGCACAUAAGGCCGGUGUUCCACCACACGCGGCCUCAUGACGAGCUGGACGAGGCCGGUACGGAUGAUGAGGAGGAUUAUCUACCGCGCCCCGAUGGCUACAGGACGAGUAAGAAAGUGCCGUUUUCUAAGCGGCCCAACAGCCCGCGCUACCGCGACCGGCCACGUAGGCCCCAGCGAGCCCCGUACUACGACCGGAACAGAAGGCAGUGGCCUGACAGGAGGCCUACCAGGAGGCCCUCGGAGCUUCGUCCUUCGCCGUUUAGAUCUCCCUUCGAUGAUGAGUUUGAACGCAGUGACUAUUACCUGCACUGCCAGAGAACCAGACUCUGUUAGCGUUAUUUGUUUACUUCCUUAGUGCCAUUUGCACCAUCCCACUAACCCGCGGGUUAACCGGUUAAACCCUUUACCCAGUGUCAAAUUGUACUCGUAACCAUGGGAACUCCAGGGGAUCCUAUCUCAUCGCAUAAUAAUUGAUUGUCAUAAUGUAAUGUUACGCAUAUUUUUUCUCCAGCUGAAACAUAAAGUAUUUUCAAAAAUAUUUUGCAUAGUUUGUGUAGAAUAGGGUAGGUUAGGUUAGGUUUGUGUUAUAAUUUUUCAGAAAUGUUAAUAUUUCCAGCACAAUUACAACUAUGCGAAAUGAGUUUUAUGCGUAACAUUACAUUAGGACAAUCAAUUAUUAUGCGACCCAAUAUGGCCCCGAUCUCCAGGUUUAACCGGUUAACCCUGGGUUAUUGGUAUGGUGUAAGUGGCCCUUAGUGAGACUGGUUUAAAUUAUGUGAUGAAGCAAGCUUUGUAAUGUACUUAUCUAAUUUAUGUGACUGCUUCAAAUCAAAUUCUUAUUUUCAGAGAUAUUCGAAAUUGUAAUGUCAUUAUUAAAUCAAUAUUAACAUGGAAAUCCGUGGUCUCUGCCUACCCCUCCGGGAAAUAGGCGUGAUUGUAUGUAUGUAUGUAUGUAUGUAUAUUAACAUUAUUAUUACGCAGUAAUAAGAUUUUCACAGAUAAGAAAGUUCUAAUUUGCGAUUGUUGAACGCAACAUAGAUAAAGUUUCUUGAAGAAUAACCUUUUGAAUAAUAGCAGUUUUCAAUCACUGGUAAAAGCAGAGUAUGGGCUCAUUAGAAUGUGAGAUUUGCGUGUCAAUAUCAAAUAUAUUUUACCUUUUUCAGCGUAUUAUGAUUACCGUACGUUCUAAAAAACAGUAAGUAGCUUAUUUUUUUAUAUUUUGACUAUGUGCCAAUACGUAUAUCUUUUUCUGAAAAUUCUGUUAAUUAGUUGUUUAAUUUGAACAAAGAUUGAAUAGCAUUUUGUUAUAUUUGUAUAGUAAAUGUUAAGUGUUAUAGGUUGAGUAAAUAUUUGUAAU